CAGGUGGCAAUGGAUGUAUUGCAGGAAAUGUCUGUAGGCUCUAAGCAAUCUGCAGAGUGAAUAGAUAAACCUUUUGGAUGCUGCCUUGAAUGUGUCCUCCUGAUCACCCCUUCUCGUGCUGACAGGCUGCCAUGGAACCAAGCUGGAGCUUGGGCACCACGCUGAGGUCUCGCUCUCCUUUCUUUCAGUAGCGCACACACUCCAGCCUCUUUAUUAGAAGCAAAUCUAUUCAGUACAGGCUGUCCCAUGUCAAUACAGACCCAUUUCAGCAUUGCAUCACCUGGCCCAUCUGAAUCUUUGAAAGUCUCUGGGUCCGAUUCUGGCCUGCUGAGGUCUAUGGGACUCCGACUUUAGCAGGGUCAAGAUUUGGCAGUGGAGCAGGGGGAGGGAGUUUAAAUGCCCUGAUGCCACAGGCAGAAAUUGUCACUGCUUUGCUCCUUUUGCAGGGGGAAGAGUGGCAGAGGGAGGGGAAUGGGGUUGUUUCGGGGAUGUUUGGAAACAGGCUGGCGUCCUGAGUCUCUGCUCCGAGGUGUGGGAUGCAGACAUCUUCAGCCAUGGAUGCAAGUAAAGCUUUUGUUUCUUUCUGCAUUCUUUGGAUGCUGCUGAAAGACAUGAGCUUGAGCUCCUCUGUCUGAUCCCCUUAACUAGUGCAAGUGACCAAGGACAAUGCAGACUCCUGGGCCUCUCCUCUCAACGGCACUGCUCAGACCUCUGUUAGCAUCAUAUACCUAGUCACCUUGCCGUGAUUUUAGUGCACUUCUCGCAAUGCCCCUGGGAAGCAGGGAAGCCUUAUUCCCCUUUAAAUAUGGGAAAAGGAGAUGCAGGGAACCCAAGUGACUUGCCUGAGGCCACCUAGGAAGUCUGUGGCAGGUGGAACUGAGCCUGGGUGCUUUGUAGCAAAGGCUACAGUGGCCUAACCACUGGCCUGUCCUUCCUGGGACCCUGUUUUGAGCCCGUGUAAUGAAAUGUGGCUGGUGAGACACUUGCCAAUGGGGCAGUGGAUUGAGACCUGCCACCUGUCACACAGACCAUAGAGUGAUCAGAAAUGGGUGGUGAGUUUUUCAUACACUCCCACUGUGGAUGGGAUUGAAAUCCCUGCCUGAGGUGGAUGGCUGUAACUGCUCUCCUGGGCAAGCCGGUUCCCUGCAGUUUGGAGGUUUUUCAAGCUGUGAAGGAGCUUUCUGCUCUGGUUGUGCAUAGUCAAGAGAGGGGUAUUUGUGCAGUUCCUGUUCCCGGUUUGAGUGACACGGCCAGGCCAGCCCACAAAACACUCUGCUCUGGCUGGGCCUGCAGCCAUGGAAACAGCCAGAGACACUUUCAGAAAGCAGCUCUGAGAAGGGACGGGAGCACGAAGGCAGCCAGGCAGCAAGCGCUUGUGUUUUGCACAGGACUCCAGGGGUUUUCCUCCUCUGUGCUUUGCCCGGUGCAGGUCACCCUGCUGCUUUAUGAUCCGUGGAUUGUGGGUGGUCCACAGGGAAUGAGCUCCACCAGAUUAGCUGUGGCGCCUCAUGCCAAGAAUGUGGUGGUGUAUCGCAAUGGGGACCCCUUCUUCCAGGGCAGAAAGUUGGUGGUCAACCAGCGCCAGUUCCUCACCUUUGAAGCAUUUCUGAAUGAGGUCACCAGCACCAUCCACGCGCCCAUGGCAGUGAGGAAUAUCUACACCCCCAGGCAGGGCCACCGGGUCACGGAGCUGGGGGAGCUGCAGAACGGGUGCCAGUACGUGGCAGCUGGCUUCGAGAGGUUCAAGAGGCUUGACUAUUUAAAUCGGGGAUUGAAGCAGCUGAGUGGGACUAGGAAGAAAAAUGGCAUGCAGGUCCGCCCCGUCGCUCCCCAGAAGCUGACCGUGUCGGCGCGAUGGCAGAAGCCUGCCCAUCUGCCCUGUGUGAUCCAUGUUUUCCGGAACGGGGACUUGCUGAGCCCCCCUUUCCGCCUGCUCCUCUCCAAGAGCACCCUGCUGGAGUGGGACGCCGUCCUGGGUCUGCUGACGGAGAAAGCCAGCCUUCUCAGUGGAGCUGUCCGAAGGCUCUGCAGGCUGGAUGGAGUUGCAGUGUCCAGCGGUGAGGAGCUGGUGAACGGUGGUUACUACGUGGCUGUGGGGACUGAGAAGUACAAAAACCUGCCCUACUUUGAACUGCUGGUGCCUGAAAAUUCUGCCCAGAGGCUGUUCUGGAGCCAUCCCAAUAACAGGCGUGGGAUCCACAAUGAAGGAUUUAGUAAAUUCCACGCCACUUCCCAGGAUGGAGCCAGUGACUCUGCCCUCCUUGAACCUCCCCAACAGCCGGACAGCCGCAGGGUGCAGUCCACAGGAGCUGCAGAGAAGGACGAGACCCCCGUUCCCUCCCUGAUGGUAUGCAGGCCAGCCAGGAGAUAUCCACAUAGGGAGGAAGAGUCAGUCUUCCACACCAAACCUACCUGUGCAGGGCAAAAUAAGAAGAGUCACAGGAACACCCCACACUGGCUUGAUCAAGAAGAGGGAGGUGUUUAUAAAGUGAAAGACCCAAGAAAGGAGAUGCGAGGGGCUCAGGAAGUGGCAGAGGAUGAGCACACGAUGGUGGAGCUGCCUGUGGACCAAAGUGCUGCAGAGACUGUGGAAGAGGAAGUUAUACCCAAAACCAGGCCAACUCCUCACAUGAAGGCUGGGACCACUCGCAGAUCACAGAAGGCCUUGACAACACGAAACGACUCCAGCAACUCAGAGGCGGAAGCAAACUGAAAGACACAUUCUCUCUGCGAGUGAGAUCUGAAGAGCACGUGAAGUGGCUGUGAUGCAAGUGGGAGAAGUUAGCCUUCUCUUUGUGCUAGUGGUAGAUAACAAACCACUUGGAUUCCAGACUCCUGUAACACCACACACCACUGCCCAAUCUGGGGACAGGUUAAAGUACCAUGUCUGAAACUAAGUGCCUUGACUAUGAGGGCUUUGGAACAUGAACAAUGAGUUCAGGUCCUUGUUCUUUGAACACAAACACUUGCCUCCCUCCCUCCCUCCCUUCUCUCUAAAAUGUUUGAUUUGAGGGAGGAGGUGGAAAUGCUGGGCCUACAGUUAUAAGCGUCAGUAGUCAAGGAAUUAGUCUGUAUCUGAACUGGAAUUUUUAUUUUUACUGUAAAUAAUAGUUCUAAGUCUUCUCUACUGAAAUGUCUGCCAGGAAAUGUUCUCCAUAUUAUAGAUCCUGUGUUUAAAAAUGAUUUUGUGGCUCUGUUUUGCUCAGGCCUGGUUCAUUUCUACCCCUGCAUUUGACUGUCGUUAGAUGAGCAUUAUAACAAAUCUAGUCCCAGAAGGCUCAUUCUUCUUGUUCUUAAAAAGCAUCAACCUAAAUCAAGGAAACCUCUUUAUAUAAAAAUAAAUAGCUAUUUUAUUAACCCCAGAGUCACCUGAGCAAUAUAUUUCCUUUCCUGAUAACACAUGAAGGCAGAAAAGCUUUUCCUAGUCUGACGUAUCCACUCCUUGGUCUGGAAUGGAUUGUAUUCAGUCCUUAAUGCAAAUAGUCACAACUAGGAGUUUUGGACACCUGAGGAAGGUGGGACUGAGUGUCUGAUGAUAAGCACCUUUAGGAAGAGAACUGAAAUUAUGACGGCUGUAAGAACUGCUGUACCUGAGGUACGUCCACUUUGUUACUGUGUUGUGAUCUGACAGCCCGAGGUAGAAUGCCACUGAAAAAAUAGCUCGUUACUGCCUUUAUGCAAUGCCAUCUCAUGGAGAACAGUUCUACUUGGAUGCUGCUGGUACCACUUUCUGAGCUGACAGAGAAAGUCACUCAAUAUAAUGUGAUUCAUUAUCCUUUCACACUAUGCUCCCAUCAGGGGAGGCCUCCCAACCAUCCCUGCAGCUCAGAAAUCAGUCAGGGUUCUAAUGAAACAGGAUAUUUUUAAUAGAUAGUCUCACUUCUGACAAGCUCAGAGGACUUGGCAAUUGACAUUGUGUUGAACACUGGACAAGACCAUCUCAGAACCGUUCCUGUCCUAGAGAGCUUCCAGUGCGAGGGAGAUGCAAAGAGACGUUCCGAGAGAACCCAGGAGGAGUUAAAGCAGGAACCACUGAGUUUAUUUCAGUCUUGAUGACCCCAAAAAUACUCUAAGGUUGCAAUUUAACUAGGAGGGAGGCGUGCAUGGCUGAGCUUCAGCUACCUCUGCUAAGUGAACUGGAUGGAGCAUUUUCUCUGUUCCUAAGUCAGUGAGUCACCUAAUUAAGAGUUGAAAUAUUUUGAUUUUUUAAAAAAAAACACACUAUCUUGUAAGGAGACUACUUGUUAACAGUGAAACUCAGGUGCUGACUUGCACAAUAACCUCUUUGUGAUUGCCACCCACUCUGCCUGGGCUUU